UCUCUCUCUCACUCUCUGUUUGUCUGUCUGUUUAGCAGAUGGAUAUUCCAAGUGCCUGGGACUAUUGGGUCGGUGAGGCACUUGCAAGGCUUGAGUCUCUCAAACUCCUUCGAUCUUUGAGACCCAUUUGCCUCCGCAAGCAAAAUACACACUUACAUGUUGAGAAUGGCAAACAAUAUGUACCAAUCCCAGAAAUUGUUGGGGAGGGAGAUGAAGAAUUCGAGGUGUUCGACCAAAUGCGCCCCUGGGAUCGCUCUUCUGUGGAAGUGGAAAUUGGAGAACCAACAUUUAACAGAUGGAUGAAUGACACGCCUAGUCCUGGCGAUGAGAUUAUCCGUAGUCCACUUAUUAAUAAAGACCCCAAGAGUCAUCAACAAUUGAAAAAGUUGAUUUUGUUUUCCGGAAAUGACUAUCUAGGCUUAAGUUCCCAUCCGACUAUUGGAAGGGUUGCUGCAAAGGCAGCCCUAGAACAUGGAAUGGGACCAAGAGGGUCGGCUCUUAUUUGUGGCUAUACAAAUUACCACAGUCAGCUGGAGUCAUGCUUGGCUGAUUUGAAGAAGAAAGAGGACUGUCUUCUUUGUCCAACAGGAUUUGCAGCCAAUAUGGCUUUGAUGACAGCGAUAGGAAGCAUUGGUUCUCUCUUGACUGGGAACAGCAUACCUUCAGAGGUUGAAAAGAUAGCCAUAUUUUCUGAUGCACUAAACCACGCAUCAAUAAUUGAUGGUAUUCGUCUUGCUGAGCGGCAACAAAGUGUGAAGGUGUUCAUUUACAGACAUUGUGAUAUGUCCCACCUUAACAUGCUCUUAUCACAAUGCAGAAUGCACAGAAAAGUUGUUGUGACUGAUAGCUUGUUUAGCAUGGACGGAGACUAUGCACCAAUGGUUGAGCUUGCAAAGCUCCGUAAGAAGCAUGGGUUUUUGUUAGUCAUUGAUGAUGCUCAUGGAUCUUUCGUUUGUGGCAAAAAUGGUGGUGGUGUUGCUGAGGAGUUAAAUUGUGAAAAAGAGGUUGACUUGUGCAUUGGAACGUUGAGUAAAGCUGCUGGCUGCCAUGGAGGAUUCAUAGCAUGCAGCAAAAGGUGGAAGUUACUCAUACAAUCAAGGGGUCGUUCCUUUAUAUUUUCCACUACCACACCAGUCCCAGUUGUAGCUGCUGCUCAUGCUGCUGUUAAGGUGGCAAAAAUGGAGACAUGGCGUAGAAGGGCCAUCUGGAACCGAGUGGAAGACUUCCGUGCUCUAACUGGAAUCCCUGUUACAAGUCCCAUUAUAUCUUUAAUUGUAGGAAGUGAAGAAAAAGCACUGCAAGCAAGCCGGCAUUUGUUGAAAUCUGGCUUUCAUGUGACUGCUAUUAGACCACCAACUGUGCCUCCUAACUCAUGCAGGCUUCGAGUAGCUUUGAGUGCAGCUCAUACAAGGGAAGAUUUGGAAAAGCUCACAGCUAAACUUUCUCAGUGCAUCAAUUUCCAAGAUAUCAGUGUACAUUGCUCCAGUGGAUAUGCAAGACUCUGACACAUGAUUCUAUCAAGAUGGUAUGAGCACUAUAGCGUAGUUGACAAUCCAAAUCACCGACAUUCAUAAAAUUGAAUACGAUUGUGUAUUCGGAGAGAAAUUCAGAGAAACGAAAAAAUAGGCACAAAAGCAGGAUGUGGACCUCAUAAAUAGUACAUUUCUUGUGAUUACUAUAUUUUGAAAAUGAAUGCAGUAGAUUUAAAAAUCAUAGCCUGUUAGUAUAUCAGUUUUGAGCAACUCAUUAAUUGUUGUUCUAUCUGCAGUUCAAAGUGUUUUUUAGUUGUAUUCAUGGUAUGAAAAUUUGGGUCAAUCUGCUUAGUUGAACCAUUAAACUAUUGAGUCAAUGUAUUGAGUCUUGACUGGUACAAUACAGUUGAAUUAUGAUUUUGGCCAUUAA